GACACUCAUCGAUAAGACAAUUUCUUUUUAACUGUGUUGCGAAAGCACGAUAGUCAUCAAUGAUUAGUAUUGUCGUAAUUCGAGUAUUGAUUACAGUACCGUUACGGUAGCUGUUAGUUAAAGCUUUACCGGUGCACCAUGGAGAGCGACAAUCAAAAAUCGGCAUGGACGAUGGAAAAGGGCACAAUGACUAUGUUUAUAGCCGAGGUGAUAGGUACUGGGAUUCUCCUGUUCGUUGGUUGUAUGGGUUCUAUUGGGACGAUGGGGCCGAUAUUACCGCCGCCAUUACAAACGUCCAUGGCGUUUGGUAUGACUGUCAAUCUUCUGAUUAUGAUGUUGGGACACAUAAGUGGUGCACAUUUAAACCCCGCUGUCACGAUAGGAGCGGUUAUUCUAGGAAUUAAAACUAUCCCUACAGGAAUCCUUUACGCAAUCGCGCAAUUCAUUGGAGCAACUAUUGGAUAUGGAUUAUUAAUGACGAUAACUCCAGCCGAAUUGUUCAACGAUGGACGUUCAAACGCGACAAUUGGACAUUGCGUAACCGUUGUGCAUCCUGGAAUCAGUAUCACGCAGGCUAUUAUAAUCGAGAUUCUUUGCACAUCCUUUAUACUUUGCGCAGCAUGCGCCACUUGGGAUCCAAGAUGCGCCCACACCACAGAUUCUACAGCGAUCAGAUUCGGUUUCUCCGUUGUUGGAGUUUCACUUGCAGCGAGUCCUUACACCGGUUGUAGUAUGAAUCCUGCGCGUACUUUUGGCCCAGCUUUUUGGAACGGGAAUUGGACGAAUCAAUGGAUUUACUGGUUUGGGCCGUGUGCUGGAGCCUUUCUUGGAACGUAUAUUUAUGUAUAUCUUUUUGCGGAGAAGAAAGAGAAUGAACAGAAUGAACAGAAUGAACAUGACAAUUGUCUCGAAUUUAUAGAAUUAAAAGCAAUUAAUGAUAACACAAAUUAUAGUGAAAAAAGAAAUAAAAAAGAGGAAAAUCUCGAAGAAAGUUUAGGAUAAAUGGAGAAACUGUUUAAUGAUCGUUAAGGUAUGAUAAUACAUUAUCGAUAGUCAAUAAUAGUCUUCCAUCUCUGUUUCCAUGAUAUUCAAAAUAGUUAAUGACGCCACCACGGAUGUCGCUGCACGCUACAAGAUGGCACGCACCUUUGUAUCUCAUUUAUUUCAUGUUAUAUUUUUUUUUUCUUUGUUCUAGAACAAAUUUCAUAUUAAUUAUACAUUCUAUCUGAUUAUAUAAUAUAUACUUCUUUAUCUAAUUAUAUAAAUAUGAC